AUGACGUCGGUGAAGAACAUCAUCGACGGGGAUCACCGUUCGACAGUCCGUGAUGACACGAGCGUCGUCGGGGCGGGGUACGGAGGUGUGCAAAGGAUUUUAACGGACGAUUUAGGCAUGCGUAAGAACUAUUCAAUAACGCCAACGUCGGCCAAGGUGGAUUGCUUGCAGCAGCUAUUAUGGAACUACAAGCCAGACCAGAGCCUUACUAGUCGAGACAAAGCUUCUUUUGCGGAAUUUUCAAGCACUUCGACAGAAUCAGAACCCCGUGCCGGAUUCCGCAUACGAAAAGAGUAUCGAAGGUUGACCACUCCUGAACGGUUGAGACUGCACGCCGCGUUCAAUAGGUUAUACGAGAGAGGGACAAUACAGAGAUAUGCUGAUCUCCAUGCAAAUGCUCUACGUACUGCGCACUCCGGAGCAGCCUUCCUCGCAUGGCACCGGGUAUUUCUAGUAAAUGUUUUGCUCGUUACUUACCUUGUGUCUCUAUUUCAAAGUUUUGAAGAAGAGUUACGACGUGUGGACGCGACCGUCUCUAUCCCAUAUUGGGAUAGUAGCCUUGACUUCGAUAUGGACAACGGUGUCAACUCCGUACUUUGGUCCGGCGAGCUCCUUGGUAAUGGAAAUGGAGAUGUCAUAACUGGACCAUUUGCUGGUUGGAUGACAGGUCGUGGCAAUCUGGCCAGGAGGUAUGGCGUUAGAGGGCGUUUGAUUAGUGACGAAAAAAUACAAAAGAUGAUCAACGCCUGUGAAACUGACGAGGUAGUCUUCCCUCAAUUAGACCCCGCCGACGUACGGGAGAGAGAUUACAUCAUUGAGUUCCACCAUAACGGCGUACAUAACUGGGUUGGUGGGGAUAUGGCGGAUGGGUCGUAUGCUGCAUAUGACCCUGUCUUCUACAUGCAUCAUGCAUUUAUCGACUUUAUCUGGGAGAAGUUCCGUCGGCACCAGAUCUCCACUUGUCAAAUAAACCCUGAAACCGCGUAUGCAACACGAACCGGAAACAGUGGACAUGGGCCAAACGACCCUAUGUAUGGAUUUAGCUCCUUGAAUAAUAUAGAUGGUUUGAAAAACGUAUGGACUGAGAGGUUUUACAAUUAUGAAGAAUCGCCGCAGUGUCCUAACUGUAACUCGAGGUAUCUUUACUGUGACACAAUCACCUACCGCUGCGUCAGCCAUUCCCGCAGAACUGAUUUCAAUGUAGGAAAUUUCAUGUCCACACCGAAAGCCACGACUUUUGGAAUGGUAAACGAAACCAUUGAGCCAAUUACGCAAAGCAUACCAAAGCGGAUUAUAUCCCCUUUCAUACCGUCACCUAAUCCUGAUGGACGAUUUCAGAGUACAGCAAAAGAGGAUGCAAUGGCUGCAGUCGAUUUACAAAGAUCUCGACUACAACCGAAUGCUCCUGGACCUGUUCCAUUAAAUGGUUGGAUAAAUCUAGAGCCUGAUUCCGGGGGAAGACCUUUUAGCGGCCCUGAUAGGAUAAGGAGGAGAAAAUUUAUAUCGUUGUUGUAA